AUGCCACAAAAAGAAGGCACCAAAAGAAAGAGAAAUCACAGAAAACAACAACAAAACAACAAACGCAAAAAAAAGCAACAUUCCCAAAACAGUACUUCCAGCAUUGUUUCACAAGCAGCAUCCACAAGUACAAAUUAUUCUUCAUCGUUUGAAAAAACAUCAAUCGGACAACACUCAACAAGUAAUAGUAGUGAUAAUCAUACUGUUUUCUCUUCAUCAAGAAGUAGUAGUGGUUUACAAACCUUGCAGAAUCCUGAAAUUCCUUUGCAACAGGUUCACUCGGACAGUCAUUUGUUGGUUCAGAACAAUUUGCAAGGAGCAAGCAAUUCAUCCCGAAAGAAGAAGAGAAAGAAAAAGAACUCUUUCCAACAACAAUCAUCAUUUCAUACAAAAGAUUCACCUAACGAUCAAGAAAUUUCUUCUUCCGAGAGCAUCUCAAGCACGAGUAGUAGAACAAGAAGCCACCUUAUUGUAAAUAGUUCCGAUCCCACAACAAAUACCUUGAAGGAGAACCCAAAUAUUGCUUCUUCAUCUCCUUCAGUGGUAGUAGUUUCCUCUUCAUCGUCAUCACCAGGAGCCUCUUCAUCAUCAUCAUCAUUGAAUAGACCCUCGCAUUGGCAAAUCGUUCGCUCUCUCAAAGGCUUCCACCCAAAAUCAAAAAACAAAAAAAAAUCUAAAAAUACUCCAUUGUUCAGCACUGAACUUUCUACUCCAUCGGCAGGCAGCAGUAAUUUGAAUUCGGAACAUAGCAGCGAUCAAGACGAACACUUUGAAACAGAUAGCGAAAGCACAAUGUCUGAUAACUCAUCCGCACAGUCCAAUACAUUCCAAUCGACAUUGGAGAAUAUAAUUCAAAAUUAUGGACAUCAUAUCGCGAGAGGAACUGCUGUUCCCACAGAACAAUUGGAAGAUAUUAUUCAGGGAUUAAAAGAUUACAGCAACCCAACAAGACAGUUUGAUUCCGUAUCAGAGCUUUGUAACAUUAUUGCCAUAUCCAAUGAACAAGCCCUAUCCAGAAUGGGUAUUGAUCGUUUUAUCCCAGAGUUGUUAAACAUAUUGUCCAGUAAUGAGAGUUAUGAUCUUAUGGUGCUGUCAGCAAGAACUCUUCUCAACACUAUGGAUAUUUAUCCUCCCUCAUGCUCAAUUGUAGCGUCCAAUGGAGGCAUCAAUGUUAUUUCUCAAAAAAUUCUUUCGAUUGAAUACAUUGAUUUGGCAGAAUUAUCUAUUCAAAUGAUAGAACAUUUAUCUCAUCAAUAUGGUUCCUCAUUGCUUCAAGAAGGCGUCUUGAUGGCUUCACUCACUUAUAUUGACUUUUUCGGUAUGGACAUGCAAAAGAAAAUUUUGAGAAUUGCAUCUUCCUUAUGUAAAUCUAUUUCCAAGUCUCAGUACGAGCUGGCAUGUGAUUCACUUCCAACCAUUUCACGAUUUUUAUCAAACUCCGAACAUUCUAUGACUGACAGCGCUAUAUUUUGCCUAACAAGAAUUGUUUAUCCAUUUUUAAAGGAAGAUGAAAAACUCUUAAAUAUUUGCAACUCAUCUGAACUUUUGAGCCACGCAACCGAAAUAAUUUCUAAUGACAAAUCCUCUAAGAAUACCAUUAGCUUGAUGUUGAAACUGCUCAAAUCAGUAUCUAUUUGUUCACAAUUAGUGAAAGAUAUCUAUGAACGAGGUUUAAUACAUUUACUUACAGGUUUACUCUCUCCAGAAAGAGGUUUACAUGAAUGCUUACUUGACAUUCUGUACUUUAUUCUUGCAUUACUUCCAAAAUUGCCAAGAAAAGACGAGUUUGCAUGCCAAUUAUCCCAUUCUCAAAGAAAGAAGCUGCUUGUUAGGAUGACAGAAGUGAAACCUCCAAACCAACCAACACAAUAUGUAUCUGAAGAGCCUACAUCUCAGGAUAGACUCGAAUCGUUGUUUACAGAACAACCAGAACUAUUGCUAACAGCCUCAGAGAUAUUACUCGAGCCUUUGAUCAACAUAUUCUCAUCGAAUCAAAACGAUCAAGUAAGCAAUGUACUCUUGCAAAUUAUUGGAACCAUUAUUUAUUUCUCUCCUUCUCAAAUGUUGGUCGAAACACUGAAAGACAUUCCAUUCUCAACGUUCCUUGCCUCCCUACUUUCUAGUGACGACAUCUCACGUGUAAGCACUGCUUUGCAAAUCUCCGAUAUUUUAUCAAGCAAACUUCCUUCUAUUUUUGAUAUCUACUUCUUGAGAGAGGGAGUUAUUCAUAGAAUUAAAGCCAUUGGAGGAAGAGAUCCAAAUUCGAAAGAGGAGUUUUUAAUAGAUCAAAUGCGAAAAAAGACAGAAGAGGCAUAUCAAAAAGCAGAGCAAGAAAGAAAAGAAAAAGAAGAAAGGCUAAAAAAAGAAGCUAUCGAAAAGAACGAAAAGAUCAAAAACAAAUCAAAUGACUCUCAAAGCAGCGAAUCUGAAUCGGAAGAACAGUACCAAGAUCCGGAAAAAAUUUCAGUGUCUUGGGUCGAACCUCAUGUCGACCUUCCCAAGCUUCCAAAGCUUAGCCGUCUUUACUGCGAGAAGCAUAAAAAAUCACCAUUCAAAAAUAGCGAGUUAGUGGGUUAUGCUGUUGCUAAGGCACAGUUGAUUUUCGACAAAUAUUAUGAAAGGACGAAGGAUGUAGAAAUGGAAAGCAAAAAUUUUGUGAAGCUCAAAACAAUUGCUAGCUCUUUGGAAAAGGUAAUUUUAUCCAAAGAUACAGAUGUAGAACUUGAAGAAUCCCUUCUCAGAAAUAUUAGGGAGCUAAUCAUUUCAGAGGAUGGCGUUUCUAAUUUCGAGUUUUUAAAUAGCGGGGUGGCUCAUGCGAUUUACGAAUAUUUAUCAAGAAAAGACGGUAAUAGACCUGUGAAGGAAAGACUUUUUCUUUUUGCUAGAAUAUUUGAUGAGGAUUUACCAAAAACUGCUGCUUCAUUAACAAGAACUAGAUCAAAGAGCUUCAGCAACACCAGUGAUAUGCUAACAGCUGACACUGAUAGCAAGAACAAUAUUACUAGCCCCACAUAUCUUACGGAGUUUGUGAAAAAGUUGUUUGAUGCAUUGAAUUCUGUGGAAAAUUUCAAUAUCAACGUAUCCGAAACAAGCUCCAUUGCUUCUAAUGUCAAUGCCGUCAUCAACAAGCUAUCCAAACAGUUUAAAUUAUCAUUAACAGAUGAACAAAGCAAACAAGUGAUUACUCUUCAAGUACAUCCUCUAACUAGAGUUAGGGAGGUUUGCUCGUUCUUGAUUUCUAAGGCAGGAGAAACACCAAAAGAGGAACCUGAAACCUUGUAUUCUUCAAGCACUGAUACAAGUUAUUUCCACUUGACAGAACGUGACGAUGAUGAAUUUAUUGGAACUGUUACCACAAUCGACAUUGAAACACCAGCUUCAGAAUUAGAUACACCAUUUUUAUCUGCUGAUGUGAUGGUUGAUGAAGAGAAGUCGCUAAAGUUUUGCCAAUUAUAUUUGAAUGGUAAUUUGGUAGAUGAAAAUAGUACUUUAUUUUCUGUAUUUUUCAAAAGUUGUUCAUCAUCACACCCUUCAAGUCUUAAUCUUGCUGACACAACUCAGAAUUUGACUUUUAAAAUUGUAGACACAAAGAAAGCAGAUGACAAUGAUGUGGUUAUGGACACUAAUACUAUUCUGAAAACAUCCAAAGUAGACGCACUAGUGAACAGUAUAACACAACACUGUAACGACAAUCAAAAGUUUCAAGAAGAGAAUAUCGAAAAAGACGCCAUUGAGCUACUCGAUCUUCUGAAAAUUUUGAAUGGUUUGAGCAAAAUUGCCCCCAUUCUUCCUCAUAAUGAGAAUAUGAAGCGUGUUCUAAUACCUUCUAGCAUGUUUUUAAACCCUAAACUUGCAUCGAAAAUUGUACGAUAUAUUCAAGACCCAUAUUACUUGUUUGGGGAUUGCUUCCCUUCAUGGCUACAUGUACUCAUGGAAAGAUACAGUUUUAUUUUCACAUUCGAUGUAAGACAAUUAUACUUUGACUUAACUUCUAAAGGAAUUGCAAGAGCUAUCCAAACGAUUCAAAACAGAUUUUCAAAGUCGAGAGAUAGAAAAACUCGCUUGAUUCAAAUUGGAAAACAAAAAGUAAGACUAUCUAGAUCACCAAAUAUACUGGCAAGCGCAUACAAGGCCUUUACAUCUAUUGAAACAAACAGAAUAAUUGAGUUUGAAUUCAAAGACGAAGUAGGUACGGGAACUGGACCAACAACAGAGCUCUAUUCAUUGGUGUCACGAGAUUUGCAGCAACAGGGCCUCUCUAUAUUUAGGGAUGACUUUGUUGGUGAACAAGAAGAAAAGGAGAAGUUCAGCAGACUAGUAGAAACCAAAACUGGGCUUUAUCCAAAAUUCAAGAAGCUUAGUAAUGGUAAAAUUUCUGAGAGGGAUGCUCGUCUGUUUUACUUUUUAGGCAUGUUCUUAGGUAGAGCAAUUUUGGAUGAAAGAGUUCUUGAUAUACCAUUCUCUGACGCUUUGCUUAAACUUUUGAAAGGAGAAUCUCUUUCGUUUUACGAUAUCGAGUCUAUUGAUCCAAUGCUAUUCCAGCAAUUGUCAAAGCUGCAAACAAUGGCUAAAAAAGUACAUGAAGUUAACAACUCUAAUCUCUCAAAACAAGAGAAAGAGAAGGCACUGAAUAUGAUUUACUUUGGUGAUGAUGGAAAAACUAGAUUGGAGGAUUUAUGUUUGAGUUUCAUUGUCAUUGGCACAGAUAUUGAGCUUGUAGACAAAGGCUCAGAAAAAGAGGUUACGCUUCACAAUUUGGACGAAUACUUGAGAUUACUCACUAAUUACAUGAUACAUGAUGGCGUUAUACAACAGGUGGAGCAUAUUAGGAAUGGUUUUAAUGUAGUUAUGGGCGAGAACAGUAGCGACAAGUUAAAAAUCUUCAACAUCAAAGAAUUGAGUGACAUCUUUGUAGGCUCUGAUGAAGAGUGGACAGAACAAUUAUUGAUUGAAGCAACAAAAUGUGACCAUGGCUAUACUCACAACUCGAGAGUUGUGAAAUAUUUGUUUAAGGUACUGUUGCAAAUGACUCCAUCAGAAAAGAGAGAUUUUUUACGAUUUAUCACUGGUGCUCCUCGGUUGCCUUGUGGAGGCAUUCUAAGCUUGAGACCCAAGUUAACAAUUGUGUUGAAGAAAGCAGAGAGUGGCAAAUCGGCAGAUAUGUACUUGCCUUCGGUCAUGACAUGCACCAAUUAUUUGAAGUUGCCUGAAUAUAGUUCUGAAUCCAUCCUCAAAGAACAGCUCUACAAAGCAAUUCAAGAAGGUCAGAAUGCUUUCCAUUUGAGUUAA